CCCUCCCUCCCUCCCUUUCCCGUUCUUUUUCUUUCCACCAGAGGGCAAAUUUUAUUAUUUUCCUUUUUUACUAAUUCUUUUCGGGCUAUGAGCAAUCCUGACGGCGGCGGCGGCGGCGCACUCGAGGGACAGAAGUCGCCGCGGCCGCCAGGACCGCCCGGCAAUGGCGCGCUGGCCGUCAGGAAGCCUCCGUCUAAGGACCGCCACAGCAAGGUGGAUGGUCGCGGCCGCCGCAUCCGCAUGCCCAUCAUCUGCGCCGCCCGCGUCUUCCAGCUCACUCGCGAGCUCGGCCACAAGUCCGACGGCCAGACCAUCGAGUGGCUCCUCCGUCAGGCCGAGCCCUCCAUCAUCGCCGCCACAGGCACCGGCAUCAGUCCGGCCAACUUCUCCACCGCCUCCUCCUCCUCGUCGUCCCUCCGCUCGCCAUCCUCCUCUUCCCUCGCUCCACUCUCCCUCCCUUCCCCCUCCUCCUCCCUCGCCGGCGCUCACAUCCUCUCCCACUCCCUCGCCCCUGCGCCCUUCAUCCUCGGCAAACCCCUCCGCGCGGACACCGACAAAGACGUCGCCGUCACGGCUGCCACCGCCGGCUUCUGGGCCGUGCCGGCCAGACAGGACCUCGGGCAAGUGUGGAAUUUCGCGACUCCAGAGAUGGCCCCGGUGGCGCUCAGCGCCCGGUUCGACGGGCAGCCGAUCGGGGAGGCAUCGGCCGCGCGCGUGGGGAACUACCUUCCUCUGUCCGGGCACCUCAAUCUGCUGGCCUCGCUGUCGGGCGCACCCGACGCCGCCACCGCGGGGGCGGCGGCGACGGACGACGAUGCACGCUAGGGGCUUGUCAGAAAGCCUUGGUAGUUUGUUCGCGGUUGCAGGUGUCCGUCUUUCAAUGCCUUUGUUUUACGGGAUUGGUACCUCAAAUUGAGAUUCUGCAUAAUUCUCCCUCCAUCGAGAAGCUUCAAAAUUACUUGCAUUCUUCGUAUUGGCAACCACAAGGAGGAGAGGAAGAAUGAUCAACGGUGCUAUCGUCGUCUCUCUCUCAAGGCUGAGGAUUGAGGAAAGGGAACAGUCAGUUUCCUCUUACACACACUAAAAGAUCAUUAAGUGAGUCUGCGUUGUCAUUCUGUCAGUUCCCUAUUCCCGGAGCUCCCUUCUGUAUGCCUAGUCGUAUUUCUUGUGUUUACCGACUUGACAAUAAUGGUGGUGUUGGUGUCUCAAUCCUAAUAAAAGUGUAGGUGUUUUUAA